AUGCAACUACUCUUGCGUUUACACUCCGUUGACUUUUCAUCGAUAAUGACAGAAGAAGGUGGUCGUACUGAUAGUCAUCGAGAGUCGAUGCCUCGUGAUUCGACCCAUCGUUUAUCAUUGAUCGGUCGUAAUCGCCGUCAGUCGUCAAUGAAUUCGAUCCCACGUAAUUUUGAUCGUCGAUUUAUUCGCUAUGAAAAUACAUUUCGCAUGGAACCAGAUGAUGAUCGGCGAAUUGACAUUGCAAAAGUAAAGCGUAUUGGAAAUAUGGUUGUUGAUAGUGCAAUAAAAGGCUAUCAGUAUGAUCCAAAUAAUGCUAAAAUGUUUACAUCCCGUUUAUCCGAACAAAUAAGAAAUCAAAUGAAACAAUUACCGGCCAAUCGUUUUAAGUUUAUUACACACGUUUGUUUGGGUCAGAAAAAAAAUCAAGAUUUAAGAGUAGCUAGUCGAUGUUUAUGGGAUUUGAAAUGUGACAGACAUAUCACAAUUACCAAAGAAACAAAAGACUAUUAUGUAACAAUAACAAUAUUCUGUGUUUAUUCAGAAUAA